AUGGGACUGGCGGCGAGGAGCGGCUCGGGCUGUGAGAUGCAAACACUGGCCAUCCAGUCGGCCUGUCCACAAUACAAGCAAGUAACUUUUUGUGAGUGUGCACACGAGUUGGUGACUGGGGACAAGAGUGAAUUAAUGCGCGGCUUUGGACCCGUGAGCGGCCGCGAAGGUAUGGAAGAUGUCGAUCUGCCGGUCAGUGACCCCCCCUCGCCGGGGAAGGACGGAGAGCGGGACGGAGACGUCGCCCACGCCGACACCGACCAACUCCGCAGGAAGCUGAAAUUCUUCUUCAUGAACCCGUGCGAGAAGUUCAGGGCCCGCGGGCGCAAGCCCUGGAAACUGGGCGUCCAGAUCCUGAAGAUAGCCAUGGUCACUCUGCAGCUGGUCGUGUUUGGUCUCAGCAACCAGAUGGUGGUUCUGUUCAAGGAGGAGAACACGGUGGCAUUUAAACACCUCUUCAUUAAGAACUACCUGGACAACAGCAACAGUGACCUUGCCAUCUACACCCAGAGUGAAGUCUACGAGUAUCUGUCCUUCAUCUUCACCCAGUACGUGCAGCUGCGGAGGGUGUCGGUGGGAAACCAUGCAUACGAGAGGCGGGGGACCGGCCUGAUGCCCCUCACCGUGUGUCAGUACUUCUACAAGCGGGGCAGCGUCAGCCCAGGCAACGAGUCCUUCAACAUCGACCCAAUGGUGGAGACCGAGUGCUUGGACAUUGAGCCAAUGACUCCGGGUUCCGCUGGACCGGCAGCUGAGAAACCAAACUUGACCCUGCACUUCCAUCGCCUUUUAAUGGUGCAAAUUCAGUUUAAACUCAAGGCCAUCAAUCUUCAAACCAUCCGGCGUCACGAGCUGCCUGAUUGCUACGAUUUCCAUGUGACUAUCACCUUUGACAAUAAGGCUCACAGUGGCAGAAUUCAGAUUGGUUUGGACAGCGACAUAUCCAUUAGAAAAUGCAAAGGCAGGCAUGUAACUGGGGGAGUGCAACGAAACAGCCACUACAUGGUGAUAUUCGACGGUUUUAUCGUGGGGAUUUGCCUGAUCUCGUUGGUCCUCUGCACCCGGUCCAUUGUCAAUGGGAUAAAGCUGCAGCAUGAGUUCGCCAGCUUCUUUGCCCAGCAGUACAGCAAGCAGGUGAGCUGGUCCGAGCGUUCGCAGUUCCUCAACGGCUGGUACACCCUGAUCAUCACCAGCGACCUGCUCACCAUCACCGGCUCUGUACUCAAGAUGGAGAUUGAUGCCAAGAGUUUUGCAUCGUAUGAUGUGUGCAGCAUCUUGCUGGGCUCGUCCACGCUGCUGGUCUGGGUGGGAGUCAUCCGAUACCUCGGCUUCUUUGAGAAGUACAACGUGUUGAUUCUCACCCUGCGUGCAGCACUGCCCAAUGUGAUGCGUUUCUGCUGCUGUGCCUCCAUGAUGUACCUGGGCUACUGCUUCUGUGGAUGGAUCGUGCUGGGGCCGUAUCACCAGAAGUUCCGAUCGCUCAACAUGGUCUCCGAGUGCCUCUUCUCCCUCAUCAAUGGCGAUGACAUGUUCUCCACCUUUGCGGCCAUGAAGGACAAGAGCUACCUGGUGUGGCUCUUCAGCAGGCUGUACCUGUACUCCUUCAUCAGCCUCUUCAUCUACAUGGUCCUCAGCCUCUUCAUUGCCCUCAUCACCGACACCUACGAGACCAUCAAACUUCACCAGCGGCAGGGGUUCCCACAGACCGACCUGCAGGCAUUCAUCGGGGAGUGCCAGGACUUGCCGGACUCUGGCAAGUACCGGGUGGCCGAGGAGUUGCCCGUCUCUCUCUACUGCUGCUGUAACAGGUUGAGGUCGGAAACGUAGGGAUGAGAAGUCCUUGCCACCUGUCCUGAAGAUGGUGUGUGUGGGUGCGUGUGUGUGUGGGGGUGCGUGUGUGUGGGUGCGUGUGUGUGGGUGUGUGUGUGUGUGUGUGUGUCUGGCUUUGCCCCUCACCAGCUGGGUGCGGGCACUCUACGUAAUGCCAAGGCUCUGGCUUGAGCUGAACAUGUGUCCACUGGCCCAGUAUGGUGACGCUGGUCUGACGAGCCCACCUGAACGUCCCCAGGGCACGGCCUGGCCACGUCUCUUCAGUCGUGCUGCGGCCCUGGAGAAUGAAGCUGCCAUUGGUCGUGCUCUCCAGCUUGCUUGUCGCAUUGGACGGGUUGAUGUUGGACUGGGACCAGUUGGUGCUUGAUCAGCUGGUGUGGGACUGAACUAGUUGGUGUGGGACUGAACUAGCUGGUGUGGGACUGAACUAGUUGGUGUGGGACUGAACUAGUUGGUGUGGGACUGAACUAGUUGGUGUGGGACUGAACUAGUUGGUGUGGGACUGAACUAGUCGGCAUUGGAUCAGCUGGUGUGCGACUGGGACUGGCUGGUGUUUGACCCGCUUGUCUGGGACUGGGACUGCUUGGUGUUGGACUCUAUGAUGUUGGACAUGUUGAUCUACAACUCUGGCUGUGCAGCACGAACAAACCUCUGCUCAUCCACAAGCCCCAACUCCUUGGUAAAACUCAACGCAACAAAGCAGGUGCCUGUGAGUGAGGGGACAGUGUCUGGAGGGACGGAACAUGGUCUAACUCCAGCUUGAACCCAGUGCUGCCGUUCUGUUGACUGCCUGUGUCCCUUCUCCUUGGCUGCUCUUUGACCUCCCCCCUCGGCUUGGCUGCAGAGGGCAAGUUUAACGUCGCUGUGACUGGACGGGUCACUAGGGCGAGAGUCCCAGACUGCCCACGGUCGUCCCCAGCUCCCCGUGGAACUUCCUGCAACACCACUAGAGACUUUUAUUAACUGAUUCACCAUUCAAAUUAUUGAAAAUGUAACAUAUGCUGCAAAUCUGGACCACAACGUGCAAACUGGAGGGAGAAAGGCUGGUGUUUUGGAAGUGAAAUAAAUAAAUCUCUAGCCACUUGGUCUGUGCUGUGUCACCAUCAUUCAUUCCCAUAACGUCUGAUGAAAAGCCGGAACAAUGCCCACAGCUGGCUUCCACCUUCUAGGUCAUUGUCCUCGGCUGUCCGGUGCAGUUGGCAAAGGUCCUGCAGGAUCUGGGAGUGUGCUGGUCCUCCAGUGUCCACAUGUGUUUUGUUUUGUUCCUUCUUUAGCGGCGGCACAGUGGUGCAGCGGGUAGAGCUGCUGCCUCGCAGCGCCAGAGACCCGGGUUCCAUCCCGACUACGGGUGCUGUCUGUACGGAGUCUGCACGUUCUCCCCGUGAACGAGUGGGUUUUCAGCACACUCCAAACACGUGCAGGUUUGUAGCUUAAGUACCUCCUGUAAAGAUUGUAAAUUGUCCCCAGUGUGUAGGAUAGUGUUGGUGUACGGGAUGG